GCUUUUAUUGUGAAGGCUGUAACCGGAUGGCCAUUAAUGAAAAAACGCAGGAGCAUGCGCAGAUGCCCCGAGCUGAAAUCCGUUCGGUAGAACAGUCAGAGUUAAAAUGAGCUCCAUCGGGACCGGGUAUGACCUGUCGGCCUCCACCUUCUCUCCAGAUGGUCGAGUGUUUCAGGUGGAGUAUGCCAUGAAGGCUGUAGAGAACAGCAGCACAGCCAUAGCGAUCCGCUGUAAGGAUGGUGUUGUUUUUGGGGUGGAGAAGCUUGUUCUGUCCAAACUGUACGAGGAGGGCUCCAACAAACGCAUCUUCAACAUCGACAGACACGUUGGCAUGGCAGUAGCGGGCCUCUUGGCUGAUGCUCGCUCUCUCGCUGAUGUAGCCAGAGAGGAAGCAUCUAGCUUCCGAUCAAACUACGGACACGACAUCCCUCUGAAGCACCUGUCAGACAGAGUGGCUAUGUACGUGCAUGCCUACACACUGUACAGCGCCGUCAGGCCAUUCGGCUGCAGCUUCAUCCUGGGCUCGUAUGAUAAAGACGACGGUCCUCAGCUCUACAUGGUCGACCCGUCAGGCAUCUCAUAUGGUUACUGGGGCUGCGCCAUUGGAAAAGCAAAACAAGCCGCCAAGACAGAAAUCGAAAAACUGCAGAUGAAGGAGAUGACGUGUAGGGAGCUCGUCAAGGAGGUCGCCAAAAUCAUCUACAUCGUUCACGACGAGGUGAAGGACAAAGCCUUCGAGCUGGAGCUCAGCUGGGUUGGAGAAGUCACAAAUGGACGACACGAACUGGUACCCAAAGAUGCCAGAGAGGAGGCUGAGAAAUACGCCAAGGACUCUCUGGAGGAGGAAGACGACUCUGAUGAAGACAACAUGUAACUUCUUCGUCUCUGCUGAUCACGCUCUCUCUCCCACACACACAUCAGAUUGUUUUUUAUGUUUUAUAGUUGAACGUUCAUGUGGUUGUUUUUCUUUUGGUUUGAUGAAUUUCAGCUUUGAAAAUAAAAAGUUAAAGUUG